CAUCUUCUGCUUCUUCUUCCAAUUUUCUCGCUUCCUUAAUCUUCUCAGUUCACUUGAAACGUCUAGAGAGCAUUUUCCUUCUCGAUCUCGCUAGUUUCUCGAGAAAACUAACAUGAAGGAAAGUUCAGGAAACCCUCUUCAUCUCAAGUCCGUCAACCACAUCUCCCUCAUCUGUGGAUCAGUGGAAGAAUCCAUAAACUUCUACCAGAAUGUUCUCGGCUUCUUCCCUGUCAGGAGACCUGGCUCGUUCGAUUUCCACGGCGCCUGGCUGUUCGGGUACGGAAUCGGAAUUCAUUUGCUGCAAGCAGAAGACCCAAAGAAUCUGCCCAAGAAGACUGUAAUUAACCCUAAGGACAAUCACAUAUCCUUUCAGUGUGAGAGCAUGGGGGCAGUGGAGAAGAAGCUGAGGGAGAUGGAGAUCGCGUACGUGAGGUCCGUGGUAGAGGAAGGUGGGGUUCAAGUGGAUCAGCUGUUUUUUCACGACCCAGAUGGGUUCAUGAUAGAGAUAUGUAACUGUGAUAGUCUUCCUAUGAUCCCAUUGGCUGGUGAGGUCGCCAGAUCAUGCUCUCAGCUCAACCUUCAGAUGUUGCAGCAGCAGCAGAUUCAGCAGGUGGUCCUGCCUUAAGAACACUAUCAUCGAUCCAGCCGUAUCGGAUUUGAAAUCUCUCAGAUAUCAACAAUAUAAUGGCACGAUUAUGAAUUCCGAGAAGAGAAAGAGACAUAUUCAUGGUAAUCAAUACAGUUGAUUAAUGAGAUCAUGUUUGGAAGUAUUCAAAUCAAUGACAUGGAGUCGUAUGUACGUCGAAAUAAUUCAAUUGAUCGCCUGGAAGAGGAACUAUACGACACUUGUUUUGUUCUUUUGCUCUACUUUGGCAAGCCGAUCUCCUUUUAAUUAAUUAAGUGGCUUUGUUUUUCGUGUUUAGGUUGGUUUUGAUUUGUGAAUAAUUAUUGCACUGUUUCCCAA